AAAUUUGUCCUCCGUUAUUUAUCAGGGAAACCCUAGCAAAACCCUAGCGUCUCCAUCCCCAGCCUCCUCCGUUGCUCGUAUCUCCAAUCUCCAUGGCUCGAUUCAAGAACAGAAAGAAGAAGAACUUUGUGAAACCCCCAAUUGUGAAGAAGCAGCCGAACGUGAAUCAGGUUACUGGCGACAAGAUUCCGAAGAGCUUCGUCUUCUCGAGGGGGAAGAUCCCUGGCCCAAUCAAGCAGCUCGAAUUGGAUAUUCGAAAGAUUAUGCUUCCUUAUACCGCCAUUAAAUUAAAGGAGAAGAAACGGAACAAUCUUAAGGACUUCUUGAAUGUUGCAGGGCCAAUGGGCGUAACACACUUCUUAAUCUUAUCGAAUCCAAAGAGCAUUCCUCAUUUGAGGGUCGCAAGAACACCUCAAGGCCCGACGCUGACCUUUGAAAUACGGGAAUAUGCGUUGGCUGCUGAUAUUGCUCGGGCUCAGACUCGCCCGAGAUGCCCAAAAGACCUAUUUAAUAACCCCCCUUUGGUUGUUCUUUCUGGGUUUGGUGGUGGGGAUCAACAACAUUUGAAGCUUACAACAAUCAUGUUUCAGAAUAUGUUUCCUGCUAUAGACAUUAAUACUGUUAAGCUCUCAUCAUGUCAGAGGAUUGUAUUAUUGAACUACAACAGUGACACAAAGCUAAUUGAUUUUAGGCAUUAUUCUAUCAGGUUGCAGCCUGUUGGUGUUUCUCGUAGGAUUAGAAAGUUUGUUCAGAACCAUCAAGUGCCUGAUCUUAGGAAUCUUCAAGAUGUGAGCGACUUUGUUACCAAGGCUGGUUAUGGAUCAGAAAGUGAAGCAGAUGAAGAAGCUGCAACAGUAAGCCUGACCAGUGAUGUUGGUAGGGUAAACCGUGCUUCUAGCAAAAGUGCUGUCAAACUUCAAGAGAUUGGACCUAGGAUGACGCUCCAGUUAGUUAAAAUUGAGGAGGGGUUAUGCUCAGGUGGUGUCAUAUUCAGUGAAUAUGGAAAGGAAGCUGCUGAGGCAAAGGAUGCAGCAAAUGAAGGUGAUUAAUUUCUUUUUAACGAGCCUUGCUUUGGGGAAGAACAAGCCGAUGCAUUACCAGCAGCUAUAAGCUAUAAAUUAGAACUAUGAGCACAGAAUGAGAAGUUUAUUUUAAGAAGUUAUAUUUAGGCUUUAUUUAUUUUAUCUUAACGGGCAAAAGGGGCAUACUGUAUUAUUCAGAUGGAGCAGCGCACCAAUUUGAUCUGCUUGUGAUGUGCCUUCAUUUGCUAUUUUGUUAUGUGCACCUUUUGGAACUCAGAUAUACAGAAAAAUAUUGUAUGUUGUUCACGGUCGGCGAUAAGGUAAUUGAGUUAUUAUUCUUCUAAAUA